GUCACAGUGAGUUCAUAGAGUCGGGCGUCAUUAAUGUUGCGCGCGCGCUCGCAGAAGCGUCUUUUGGUCGAAAGAGAGAGAGAGAAGAGCAACCUCAGAUGCCCGAAGAGGGUCGUUGUUGGGUUUCGCUUUAGUUUACGUGCUUAGUUUCAUCAGGCAAAAGUAAUGUGGACAAGAAGCGUCUGUCGCGCAGGCAUUGCGGGUAACGAUCUCGGCGCGCACUGAGCGGAUUUUUACGCGGAGUCGCCAAGACCCUACGGAAAACCGCAGCUCUCCAAAACUCGCCCCACCGAUUCCCUCCUGCCGGAGUCGAAAACUAUCGGAAAUAAGUCUAACCAUCAGAAAAUGACUAUAAGCUCGGUGCAUCCACCCACGCGCGUUUGGUGAUUUGUAAAUUCAGCGGCUGGCGUCUGGACGGAUGUUCGGCGUAAACGAGCGCAAACGCGCAGCAGACGCGAAGUGACGGGACCCCGGAGAGCCGUUUGGAUUUGGGCUGCGCUGGAGAUCGUUCGUCAUGGUGUCCGUAACGCGCUUUAACAAGGCGCUCGUCGACUGCGCCGCUCUCGCGUUCUGCCUGGCCGUCGUGUGCGAGCUGGUUCGGGCUCAGAACGACACGGAACCCAUCGUCCUGGAGGGCAAGUGUCUGGUGGUUUGCGACUCGAACCCCGCCGACUGGAAGAGCUCCUCCUCGCCGCUGGGCAUCUCCGUGCGCGCCGCCAACUCCAAAGUGGCUUUCUCCGCGGUCAGGAGCAACAACCACGAGCCCUCGGAGAUGAGCAAUAAAACCAGAAUCAUAUACUUUGACCAGGUCCUUGUCAACAUAGGAAACUAUUUCACGCUGGACUCCGUCUUUCUUUGUCCCCGGAAAGGAAUCUACAGCUUUAACUUCCACGUUAUUAAAGUGUACCAGAGCCAGACUAUACAAGUGAAUUUAAUGCUGAACGGAAAGCCAGUCAUCUCUGCCUUCGCCGGGGACAAAGACGUCACUCGCGAAGCCGCCACCAACGGGGUCCUGCUGCACCUCAACAAAGAAGACAAGGUUUAUCUCAAACUGGAGAAGGGCAAUCUGGUAGGCGGAUGGCAGUACUCCACCUUUUCCGGCUUUCUUGUUUUCCCGCUGUAAAGCGAGCGGGAAGACUGCCUCCGUUUCUGUCCAGUCGUCAUCGUGUAACCGGCCCUUCAGCGUUAAUUGGAGUUUUUCGAAUGGAAUCAUAAUUCCCGGACAUCCGUUCAGCUGUCGUCUUUACGGACCGCUGGAAACUAUUCAUCAGCGACGGUGAAUCUGGAGAGAGGACGUCUGCUUCGGUGCAAUAUCACUUUCCGCUGCAAGUCGGGGGUUUCGGCGCAUCGCAGCGCGUUCGUUUAUAUCCUCGUGGACGUUUGCGUUGCUUUUCUUUAGCGUGUGGUUUUUAGCGAAAUGAUUAUUAUUAUCUGUCAGCAAGGUCGUUUCCUCCCAUAGGGGACGCGCGCGCGAAACCGUCUCGCCGCUUGGGGGGCGCAAUAUUUCGAAAUACCUUGGCGGGCAAAUUUAAUGUGAACAAAUACCGAUUUUAAGUUGUUUUUAUUUCUCGUUUUUGAGCGAGUACGCCUUUUCUGUGUACAUUUGCAGUUAGUUUGGUCGAAAAAAUGAAAAUUUGCCCGAAAACGUUUUCGCCCUCAGGCCGUCAGUUUUGGAGAAACGUGGCAUCGCUCGCGCACCAUCGGAUGCUCUGCAGCGAAUGGGUGCCGUCAGAAUGAGAGUCCAAACGGCUGAUAAAAACAUCACAGCGAUCCACAAGACAUCCACAGCACUCCAGUCCGUCGGUUAACAUCUCAUGAAGCAAAAAGCUGUGCGUUUGUAGUAAACAAAUCCAUCAUUAAGGCGGUUUUAGCUACAUACUGUCACUUCCAGCUAAAAUACGAGUCCUCUAUCCUAAUAAACCUGAAUUAAGAGAAAAAUCUAUACAAAACAAACCUUGCUUAUAAUAACUUUUCAGAAAGUCUAGAUAUGUUGGUGAGGACAACGCGUGCUUCUCAGAUGUUAACCCGAGCGGUGUGUAUUAUCGUUUUGUUUUUAUCAGCCAUUUGGAGUCUCAUUCUGACGGCACCCAUUCACUGCAGUGCAUCCACUGGUGAGAAAGUGAUGCAAUGCUACAUUUCUCCAAAAAAUGUUAAAGAAACAAAUUCAUCUACAUCUUGGAUUGCCCGAGGGUGGGUAAAUAUUCAGCUGUUUAUUAUUUUAGGGUGUUUUAAGUAUUUAGUUCAGUAUCAGUUAAUGCUUUCAUUUACAAGUGUUUCCAUUUGUUUCUGGCAGUAAUCCGUUAAAUUAAAGAAGAACAUUAUGGUGGCCAUAUUUUAAAUCAUUAUUAGUAUCGAUUAAUCCGCGCGAGAUCACACUGGGCAUAUAUAUAUAUAUAUAUAUAUAUAUAUAUAUAUAUAUAUAUAUAUAUGUAUGUAUAUAUAUUUUCCAACAUUCUUAAUUUGCCUUGUAGGGAGGUUAUGUUAUUUUUUUCUUGUUAAAAAUGACAAGAUUAACAGAUAAGAAGUACAAAAAGUUAUUAUUGAUUUCAAUCCGAUUGCAAAAGAAUAAAAGCUCAUUUUCACCGUUAAGAGGUGUUAAAGGGAAUAUUUGAGUGCGAUCCGUUCGGUGACUUCACAGGGAGUGUUACAGCACAGUUCACUUUAACGAAGUCUGCGGGAGCACAUGACAAAGCACCGUGCCAAUUAGCUCAGGCAAGCUGCUGUAACACUCUUCAAUGAACUCACAACAAGCGUAUCGCCGAACCGCUCAUACGCUUUCCAAACGACUGGCUCUUACUCUGUGUGGUUGGACUCACGGAUUCAGGCUGGUUAGUUCGGAAAUCACGAAUCUUUCUGAGACUUAAUGACCGCAGGUGGUACAUUUAAAGGGAUAGCUCACACAAAAAUGACAAAUCAUUUGCUCGUACUUAUUUUAGUCCAAACCCAUAUCCUGUUCAUUUUUAAGUAUGAUUCACAGUGAGAGAAAAAAGACAGAAAAGUACAUUGUUUUACAAAAAUGUGUCCAUAUCACUACAAGCCAUAAUACCGUGUGCAACCAUUUUAUGAUUUUUUUAAUAAUUUGGAAUUUAAAUGAAAAAAAUGGUUGACAUAGUAUACACACCAUACCAGUUUUAAUUUAGUUUAAAUAUAGUAUUUCAAACUAUUCUGAAUUAGCUUUUAUUUUACAUUUCUAUUGUAAUUUUCAUUGAACUGUACUAAAAUUAUUUGCAUUAAAAGCAGCAUGUGCUUUCGUCAUUACAUAUAUUUAUAUAUUAUUAUAUAUAGUUUGUUUUUUAUGCCAUUAAUUGCUAUGGUAACAUUUCAGAUUUUCAUUUACAUUUUUUUAUUUAAUAUUUAUAUUUUAUUUCAGCAUUUUUUUUCUGCAUAAUGGCACUAUUGUUUUAAACUAAACUGCAUAUUUAACUCCAAAUUUAUUCCACAAUUGUCCUCAAUAAAUAAUGUACUAUAAGUAUGCUAUAUUUUUGUCACAUUGACCCCGUUAUGUUCACCGCAGGCCCCUUAUUUAAUAUCACAUCAGUGAUUAUUGUGCAUUUUAAACCGAACUUUGUGUAAAACAGUCUAAUGAAAUCAAAUAAUGAACAAAGAGAGCAGAAUGCAUACGUUAUUAACGGCACACAGGUUUGGAUCGAGUAAAUCUGUAGGCGGUUCAGAUCUGUUAUAAUUAAUGCAAUCACAGGUUGACACCUAAUCUAAUAAUUCAGAGAAUUUAAGAAUGCCCUACACGUCAUUCAGCUAAUGCAUAAAGUGGCCCGUAAGGUGCAAUAAAAGGAACAUUUUCUACAUGUCAAUUGAUUAAAACCGAUGUUUUAAUGAGAGAUUAGCUUGACACCGAGUCAAUUUCUUCAAUGCUCGCACUUCAAAACCUUCAGCGGUGUUCAUUAGCCGCGCUCCAUCGGCUUCCCUGAAAAGCUUUUCACAUUGUGACACAGGUCUUAUUAGCAUCUGAUAGAUUCUACCUUAUUAAUGUUUUUUUAUUAUUAAACAAACACGGUAGCGAUUGAUUAAAAAGUCAAGAAAGCGAACGUUCGGUCGACCAUAAAAACCUCCCGUUUGAGCUCCGGUCAACUUUCAGAUUCAGCUCAAUCGUGGAGAACUGAACACCACGAGCCGCAUGUAAAAAUACCCCUCUGGCUUCUCACUCCGUAUGCCAAACGUCGGCGUGUCUUUGUAAAUAUUUCGUUUUUAUUCUCACCGUGUCGCUGUUUUUACACUGGAUCUGCUAAUACGAAGUGUCAUAUUUCACGAAAGACGGUUUGGCGUAAUAUCGCGAGUGGUUUGAACCCGACGUGUGGUCUGCAGUUCAAACCGUCUGCCGUUCACGUUUAACGGUUUAACGGGUCUUUUACAGCGGAGCAAUGCUUGGGAAAAUCGCACUGAAGUUUCUGAACCCACCCGGCAAGUACCUCAAAAACUCGUAACACUGUCUCGUUUUCAUUUACGUCGAAAGCUUUUGUCAUCAUUUAUAUGUAAAAUGCCUAUUUUUAUAUCAUUUAAGAUAUUUUAUAUCUGUGAGCGUUUUUUGUGUUCAUGUGCAUCACGGACGUCUGUGGGACUCAUCGGGAUCGAAGACUUUCGAGCGAAGACGUAAUGGACCACAGAAAGACUUGCGAAUACCUUUUGCUUCAAUACCGAAACUCUGCUUUCUCUCAUUUCUGAAUGUCCGCGCCGAACGAGAGGCAUUUAAGACUGAAAUGGUUCUAAGCCUCCACAACAGCGGGAAUCACGCAAACUGAAACGCAUUAGAGGACAAGAGGGACCUUGAUAAUGAAAACGAGUCUGUGUCAUCGAUCGCUAAUCACCGAAAUGUGUUUGACCACAUGGUUGGAUUGUUGCCGAUUUGAACAAAAAAAGCCUUUAAACCAUCGUGUGUUUUCUGUCCAAUUAAACCGAAGCAUCUGUAAUGAAAA